AUGAAACAACUUGAGUCUGUUUUUCUUAAGAAUGUUAUCCUUUACCUUCAAACAUCAUCCGACAUUUGUUCCUUUAUAUUAAUCAACAAGAAGUGUUGUGAUUCAAUUCAGUCGAUGUACACUGCCUCAUACAAUCUCUGCCGUAACACUCCACUCCCCAAAAUACAGAGGUACUUUCCAAACAUUCAAACAAUAUAUUUAGAAGCCACUACUUUAGAAACUGCCAAUGUAGGCCCUCGCUUUAAGCCAUAUAUCGAUUUAGAUGCUUCUGAAUGUGUAUUAAAAAAUAGAGCCAACUGCCUUUUAGCAAAAAGUUUGAAUAACAUUUCGGACUAUGCAAAGAAAAUCAGAAAAUUAAAAAUUGAAGCAAAUAUGUUAGAUAUUAUAGCAGAUUACACUGAAAAGUUUGUCGAGCUCAAAACUCUUGUUAUCAACUAUUUACGUCAGUGUACUUUUCUCGACGAAGUUUUGUCUAUCCGGACACUGCGUGAUGUCACAAUAUAUUUUAAUCAAAAUGCCGCGCACGAACUCGCCGAUUUUGAUUUUCAAAAGUACUCUAAUAUUUCCUUCACUUUUGUCCUCCAAAAUGCGUCACAGCCUACAUCUAAAAAUCAGAUAGACAGUGCAAAAAGACUUUCCCAGAAGUAUCCUCUUUACGUCCAAAUGAUUACGAAAGAGUCGAUUGACAUGAAAUUCAUUCCAGAUAUUCAAAUGGCAUUUUCAUCAUUUGAAGAACGUCUAACUCUGUCUAUUUCAAGUGACAUGUCUGGCAAAGAGGACUUUAUAGAAGAAAUGAUGAAGAAAUGUGAGUGUAGUCGUCUAGACAUUUCUCCGCCUGGUACUAGUGAAGAACUUGGGUUAUUCCGUCCCAAGGGAAUCGCCACAUUUGACUUUUUGGAGAGUGAAAUAAUAAAAGAAGUUGUGUUGCGCUAUGUAAACUGCAAAGAUGUUGUUCUGCCUCGAAAGUGUCGAGCUUUUGAAAUCUACAAUUGCGAAGGAAAAAUUUGUGCGGAGCAGUGUAAACCAGAGGAAGUGUACAUUGACUUAUUUGAGUGUGAAAGCAUCACUAUUAAUGAAGACAACUUGAAGAGAGUGCAAAUCAACGCAAACAUCAGUGAAUGCGAUUUUGUGUGUAAUGGACAAAGUGGUAUACCGAUCGUCGAUUUCAUGAAAUUGGAGUACGUUAAUUUCUUCUGUAAUGAAAACACUGAUAUUGGCUUGAUGUGCGGAGACACUCGAAUUUCGAAAAUCUGUGUUGGAGGUCUUAAAUUGGAUCACAAGAAACUGGAAAUCAUUAAUUGUACAAGUGAAGUUAUAUUAAAUGGAAUCGAUCUGGAGGAAGUCACAUUUUCUAAUUGGACAAAAGCAAAUCCCAUUUCAGCGACUGUUGGAGAUGUCAAGAAAGUGUAUGUGUGUGGAGGGUUAUUAAAAGUACUGCAAAUUGGAAAAUGUGACGAAAUUAAAGUUAGUUCAAAUGCCACUAUCAAAUUACUUAAGAAAACAAAACAAAAAGCAAAUCUUGUUAAAGAAGAUAAUAGCAAGGUCACGAAAAUAGAAAUAAUGGAAGAACUGAACAGCAUUCAAUUUAUUGAUAAAACGCUCAAUCUGUUAUUUACAACUAAUGAAAGCAUUUUUAAAACAAGACAUUUUGAACGUGAGUGUUGUUUAAAAAUGUCGGUAAUUUAUUUAAUAAUAAAAAAUUCAACUUUUGGAAAUGAUUUACUGAUGAAACUUGAUUGUUUGACUAACAAGAUUUUGUUGUUUGACGUUGUCAAAGUCGCCAAGUCAAAAUGUUGUCAAAACAACAUUUUGACAACCUCGAUCUGUUUCACACCACAAAGACUCAGUCAAACAACGUUAUAUAAAACUUUUUGA